AUGAAAAUAUAUGAAACACCAAUUAAAAAAGAAAAUAUUUGUAGUCCAUUGGCUUGUCUUGUUUCAAGAAAAGCUAUUAGAAAAACUCCGACUAAAUAUGUUGGGAGCGAUGGUUCAAUUAAUUAUUCAUAUUAUCCAUAUUCUCAUAAUGGUGGAGAUCGUUAUAUACCACUUAGAGAGACACAAGAAGAUUGGAGUUCUAUUUGGAGUGAAGGUUUACAAAGUAGUAUAUUUAGUGAUAUAAAUGAUAAUGAAAAUGAUAAACGGUGUAAAAUUCAUGAAACACGAAAUUCUCCAUCAAAAAAUCAGAAUCAUGUACAUAAAUUAUUACUUCGUAAUGAAAUGUUAAAUUCAAAUAUAUAUAAAAUUGAUAAAAAAAGUAUUCCGGGUUAUUGUAAUGCUAGUGAAAAAAUUGCAAAUAUAACACCAUUAUUUAAAUAUGGUUGUGGACGGAUACAGAAGAGACGACAUGAGUAUAAAGCAAAUAUUGUUACAUCAUAUCCAUGUCCAUUUUCCCAAGCAAGUUUAUAUUUACUUACUCAAAAUGUAUCAAAAAAACCAAAAAUUCCAUCAGAAUCAUAUAGAACAUUAGAUGCACCAGAUUUAAUUGAUGAUUUUUAUUCAAAUUUAAUAGAUUGGUCAUCUAAAAAUAUAAUUGCUGUUUGUUUAAAAAAUAGAUUAUUUUUAUAUGAUGCUUUGACAUCUGAAGUUACCCAACUUUGUGAUGCAACAGAAGAUAUAGCUUCAGUAAAAUUUUCUCCAUCUGGUGAAUUAAUUGCAUUUGGUACAAGAACUGGUGAAAUAAAAGUAUGGGAUUUAGAAAAAAAAGUUGAAUUAUUUUCAAAUGAUAAUGAAUUUGGUAGAAUAGGUAAUCUUGCUUGGGGUUCUCGAGGUAUUUUAUCACUAGCAACAAAAAGUGGAUACAUUAUAAAUCUUGAUCAAAGAAAUUAUAAUAAUGUUAUUCAUAGAUGGAAAAAUCAUAAAUAUGAAGUUUGUGGAAUUCAAUGGAAUAGUUCUGGAGAUCUUUUAGCUUCUGGUGGUAAUGAUAAUAUUGUAAAUAUUUGGAAUGUACGCAAAAAUUCAUCAAUGGAUACAUACAAUGAACAUACUGCUGCUGUUAAAGCUUUAUCUUGGUCACAUCAUAAUAAUGCUAUACUAGCUACGGGUGGUGGAACAUCUUGCAAAACAAUUUAUAUUCGUGAUACAAAUACGGGAUCAUCGAUUAAAUCUGUUAAAACAAAUUCACAAAUUUGUACCUUAUUAUGGUCAAAGAACACUUUUCAACUUGUUACCACACAUGGAUAUCAAGAACAUGCUGUUAUAGUAUGGGAUUAUCCAAGUAUGAAGCCUUGGGCUUUAUUAAAGGGACAUGAAGGAAGAGUUUUAUAUAGCGCAAUGUCCCCAAAUGGUCAAUCAGUGAUUACUGGAUCAAAUGAUGAAUCUUUACGUUGGUGGAAAUUAUUUCCUAAUGUAUGCCGUAAUGUUUCUACUUUUCGUUCCAAAAUUGUUCCAUACAAUCUAAAUUUUUCAAACAUCCAUGAUGUUUUUAAUCAUAUGAAUUAUGAUUUGUUAAAUAAAUAG